AUGGAGAUUGAAGUUUAUGGCGCCUUGAACUCCCUGGCAGAGCAAUCUCUCCGCGGCCGCUCGAUGGCGAUGCGACUCGGGAUGCUCAUGCUCGGCCUCUUGCUUGCAAAGAGUUCUCACGAGUGCCAGGUCUUGAAGGAUCGUGGGAAGGGGCCCAGUAUUCUUCGCGGCUUGGAGACCUGGCAGUAUCCCCAGAACACCAUCGUGAAGUACUGCAGACGAUCGGCCGAUCUGUUGU